AUGGCCGAAGUGGGAGAUGGUGGCGACGACGCUUCGGUCACCUCAACGGAGCAGCUUUUUGAAGAUAGCAGGAACUAUUGGAUACCGAGGCCUACUGUAACGAUUGACUCAGUCGAAGAGCAUCGGUCAAUCAGUGACUAUAACAGUAGUGUUGGAGGAGGAGGCGCACUCGCUGCUGCACUUGGUUCUGUUGAACAUCUUCAAGAGCACACUGGAGGACAUCUUCAAGACAACGACGAAGACUCAGAUGAAGUGGAUGAGGAAUUUUCUUCUUUGGUUUUAGCCGAGAGGAGCAGCGCAGCACAUGCGAGUAAGAAGAAAGUACCCGACUCCUCUGCACCAGGUUCAACAAGAAUUAAGGCUCAUACUAUUGAUUCAUCUGUCUCCACAAGGUCAAGGACUUGUUCUUUAUCUCUUUUGGUGUCUCGUGAGGAUAUUAUGACGUUUCCCUUUUCCUUGGUUUCUGAGCCUGAGACUAUCUAAUAUGCCCUCAAUAAAAGAAGAUGAAUUAUGACUAGUGCCAGGUGCCGGGGGGCUUUGAUGUGCAGGAUUCACAACCUAACCUAACCUAACCUAACCUAACCUAACCUGAAGAGCGCUAAUACAAGAAGGACGAGCAAAAAAAGCCAUGGUUUUGGUCACGACCAUAAAAGUAAUUUUCAUGGGAGAGGCACAAAAGCCGCGAUGAGCAGAAUGACGAGGGAAUCGGAAGGACCUCAGCAGGAUGUGUUCGAGAUGCCUCUGGAGUACAACUUGCAAAGGUUUUCGGUCGAGAUCGCACCAGACAACCGUACCUAUGAGCUGAACGCUGCGGGCGCGAUUCCUCCGAACAAAAUUGGGUUUGCGAAGCUAUUCUACUUCGUCGCUCACCCCUGCGAGAAAGCGAAGUACAUUUUCGGCGCAAUCUUCGCCCUGAUCGCAACCUUACCAGGAGGUCUCGCUUUCAUGGUCCUCAAUGAACACAUCAAGCGCACUGAAGAGGCGGAUAUCAAGGACGCUGCCAAUAUAGGCCAUGCAGUCUGGUCAAUCAGCUGGAAGCCUCUUUGCUACUUUUAAGGCUCCUUAUUUUUACAGAAUUUGAAAGUAAACUCAUCUUCUUAAUACAAAGAUAGAAGCAUGAUCUUCAGCAUUGACCGGCGCUUUCCUAAGCUCCUUAUGGGGAAAGGUAACAGUAACAAUGAUAUAUAGAUUCAUGAUCUUAAAAAGUAAAUGGUAAAUAAAGCAUUAGCAUCUUUGGCCGCUUUCCUAAGCUCCUUAGAUGGGGAAAAGUAACACGUCAAAGAUACUCGUCUGCCGUCAAAGAUCCUCGUCUGCAGGAUGUGAAUUUAGGGGAACGACGCACUCUAAUGCCUGAUCGGACUCGGCUUGUACACCUGGCUCUUCGUCAGUGUCUCAAUCUACCUGAUCGACUCAGCGGCAGAGGCGCAAAUCGCCAGGGCGAAGCGCUUGUAUCUAA